AUGACGACAGUCGCCUGGGACGGAGCGAUAUGCCAGUCAAAUUGGGUUAUGACGUGUAAGAUGAUGCUUUGCAGGAAUAUUGAUGAAGUACGCAACACAUUGUAUCAGCAGGAGAAUGGGUUCCUCCUUGGCAGGGCUCGAUUUGUCAACGACGAAAAUGGUUCCUUAGGGUUGUCAGAAAAAUACGUUUUCGUGCAGUGUGCACUACAGAUCCAGGACUCCACCAAAGGUGGGAUCAUUGGUCUCUGGGUCAUGGCAUGGGGCAUCAUGAAUCGUGAAUGUGUAACAAAGAACUCCGCUGCCGAUCUCCGUUGGUUGGGAGAACUGAACCAAGAGUCUUACGUCUCUGUUCAACUUCCUGGACAUGGAUACUCUAAGUCCCAGAACAUGAAAAGGGAUAAGGACAUCUCAAGUGUACAUGGGGCUGGAGUAACGCAAUCGUAUCUAUGGCACGUUGGAGUUGCAGGCCACUGUUCGAAGGGUUACUACCCUUUCCAAACGGCUCUGGUAGUCAUCCAUGGUUCAGGAUACGAGUUCGGCGCUUUCGGGAAGGAGGAAAUAUCCGGCUGCAUCUUUAGCAGGUUCGGCAUGGACGAUAAACGUCUCCCACCUAGCACAAAUGCUAGACGAGCUGGAAUAUCGAACUUGGUUUCCGGUAAUUUGACACCCCCAAACUUAACAGCCCCAGAACAGCAGACGUAUGCAGAGCGGGGAAACAAUAUGCUAUAUUUGCAGUCAUCACUGGACGAGAGACUAACACAUCAAUAUCCAGGUUCCCUUGAUACGAAAGGUUUACCGCAUUCUGUACCCGCUAGAGUGUACGACGGAGCCACUGCAGACCACGAUACAUUACAGGGUCCCCCCGGCACCAUUCGUGGCGAUCAACUGCAGAAUGCGACGUCCUACGUCCAAUCUCCUGGGCAAGCAGACUACGGCUUCGGGUACGAAGUCCCUGGGCGAGAAGACACUUGGGUUUCCUACCUCGGGGGUAUUGCUCGGGCCGUGGGAGGAACGGGAAACUCCGCAGAGUCUAAUCCAGCAUACGCCGGAACGCCAGGCCCUAGGGAAAAUCCUUGGGGAUACGACAGCAUGGAUACUUUGCUUCCCCAACCCAUUCCUCAGAUUUGGGACAGACAACGACGCUGGGAUGGACGGACGAAUCACCGGGCGAAACGACGCCGUUGCAACAGCCAGCUCACUCUCUUGCAAGUGUUGCCAAAAAAAUACCACCACAUCCUUUCAAAUGUGAUGUACCAGGCUGUGGUGGUAGAUUUUGGCGGCAUGAGCAUCUAA